UGUUUACAAUAUCAUUGGCCGAGAGUAUUGCUGGAACCUCCGACUCAGAAGUUGAGCUGCCAUUUUGGUUUUGGUGGGAUGGUACUCAGUUCUACACAAUUUUAAAUGUUUCCGAUGGACUAGGGACUGUAACUCAUCUCGUUAAUCUUACGCAAAUGGUUCAAUGGAUGCUUCAUCGAUUAUUACGCAAGUGUCUCGCGAUGAGGAACAGUUGAACUCCUUCCCACCGCCGGACAGAGGGAGCCAGAAUGGUAAGAAACCAAAAAAAAGCAUCUUCCGAACGCUAUUCUGCUGUUGCGUUUCUGGAGAAAAUGAUUCAGGUGGUGCAGCCAAUGGGGUGUGUGUGUCCGAAGAUGUACCUCCCUAUACCCAUUUACCGCAGCCUCCAGGGCCACAGCGACACCUCCUGCCAUCCAUCAGUCAUCGAGACAUGCACAAGAAGUGCAUGGUUAUUGACCUCGAUGAAACGCUUGUUCACUCUUCAUUCAAGCCAAUUAGUAAUGCCGACUUCAUAGUUCCUGUUGAAAUAGAUGGAACCAUCCACCAAGUUUAUGUUUUAAAACGACCCUUCGUGGAUGACUUUUUACAAAAGAUGGGAGAGCUGUAUGAAUGUGUGCUCUUCACAGCCAGUCUAGCCAAGUAUGCUGAUCCAGUAGCAAAUCUUCUGGACAAAUGGGGAGUGUUCCGCGCACGGCUGUUCCGGGAAUCCUGCGUCUUCCACCGAGGCAAUUACGUCAAAGAUCUAAGUCGCUUAGGCCGGGAUCUUCAUAAAGUUGUAAUAAUGGACAAUUCACCAGCAUCAUACAUCUUCCAUCCCGACAAUGCUGUUCCUGUUUCAUCUUGGUUUGAUGACAUGAGUGACUCUGAACUUAUGGACCUUGUUCCAUUUCUGGAAACUCUGAGUAAGGUGGAUAAUGUGUACAGUGUGCUUCGCAACUGCAACAAUCCACUCAAUUCACAGACUCCUCCUCAGCAGCAGCAAGGAAGUCAAGUUCUUCCACAAAUAACCCAGGGACCCAUGACGCAAGUCCAGCAGUCGCUUCCACCACUUAUUUCACAGCAGCAGCAGCAGCAGCAGCAGCCACAAGAACAACAGCAGCAGCAACAACAGUAUCAGAAAGAUUAUGAAGAGACCAAGGAUGGUCCAUCAUGAGGAAAGGGAAUGACCACCAGGCAGGACAUACUGGAGGAAACCGACACACUAGUAAAGUGAAUUCUCUCUACACUCCUGCCAGCCCCCACCUUCCCGACCCCUUCAGCCACCACUGCAACCACUGCCCACUUAUUCGUUUCUCCAACCCUCCAAACCUGGCCCCCUCCAGGGUACUCUGGGCUUGGGGACUUCACAGCGCACCGGUUGCCGGGACUGAAUGAAACUGAUGGUACUGCCACUUAUAUUACAGUCACCAUCCCAAGUACUGGGGAGUGUGAUAGGCGGUAAAAAUAGCCAGUUAGGUCUGGAACUAGUCGGGGAUGUAAGUGGAACUAUGAGGACUGGAGUCCCUAAAAGGGUGACUGUGUAUCACCAUUAUGGGUUCAGAUGGUGAUUAGGUGACAGCCAGUGGUAGACAGUCUUGUGUCCAACACCUGAGCAUACCUAUCCACACCAGCCCUCGUAUUUAAUUGGAGGCAAGUAUUUGACGCUGCCAGUACGUGAAGAACUUUUUUUUUGUGUUAAUGUUGCUGGGCAUUUGCUCAGCAGGAGUUUAUCAGAUAAGUGCCAAGAUGAGACUCGCACUCAGUGUCAUCAUAUCAUGGAAUGCUGUAUAUUAUAGCAGUCAUACUUUAAACUGUAUGAUGUUAUGCAGCUGUUAAUUUUAAAGAUUUUUACCUAAGACUUAGAGGCAUAGUUUGUGUGCUUUACUAUUUUCUGAACAAAAAAGAUUUUGUGUGCCAAUGCCGAGUUUUCUCAUGUUUUUAUUUUCCAGUCACCAUUAUGGACAGUGGACAUUCUACUGUCAUUGUUUUGAUAUUCAUUCUAGGUUUCUAGGAUACCCCAGUAAUGCCUAACCUCCAUCCUUGCUUAGUUUGUCCGUUAUUCUGUUAGAGUAGCUGUCACACUGUUGAUGCUGG